GACUGUUCAAGGUAAGAUCAGGACUGCCGGACGUAAGUGUGCUAUCCAGUAUAUCAGCCUCAAAAUUCUCCAUCUUUGCACGUGGCCUGCUGUUCGUGCUUGCUACUUGUUCUCCGGAUGUCUUUUUUUUUUUUUUUUUUUGAGUAUUUCACACCCACCCAGUCAAGCCUUCUCUUUUUCUCAAUCUCCUCUCUGCUUCAUGAUUUUCACCGUGCAUCUUCUCUCUCAUUUGCAUUUGUUUCCUGGUGAUGAGAAGUGUUCCAACCGUGUUAGAGAAAAUGCCAAUGGAUGAUAAAUGACCUGGACAACAAAGCAGGUAAUCAGAGACGUGCACCCGGGACAUCACAACCAUCACAACAGCAGCAGCGUUACCAUGGAGACUGGCAAGCAAGAGAGAGAGAACGCACAAAAAGAGAUGGCUGCUUCCAAACACUCAAUGCCUGGAGUAUCAGUGCAGGCUGUGCUCGGGUCUUCUGCAGGGGAACAGGAGCCAGCCAAGAUCUGUCUUCCCAUGCCUCCAAUCUACUCCAAGGAGACACUUCCUUUCCUGACACUCCAUAUUGUUGGUGGACUACAAUCACAGUCGGGAUUGAGUUUGGCAGCCGCUGCUCCGAUAGCCAGACCAAAGUCAUCAGGUAAGCAUGUGUGUCCUCACUGCGGACGUGACUGCAUGAAGCCUAGUGUCCUGGAGAAACAUCUCCGCUGUCACACCGGGGAACGGCCUUACCCCUGCACCAUUUGUGGAGUUUCUUUCAAGACUCAGAGCAACCUUUACAAGCAUAAGAGGACUCAAGUUCAUGCUCGCCUUUCAUAUGAAUCGGAACAAAGCAGCAUGGGCAGCCUUGAAGGCACAUCCAGAGAUACGUGUACCCCUGGUUCAUCACUGGAUGAGUACCCAAAGGAAUCGCUCAGCGUGGAACAGGAUACGGAAGCAGCAGAAGAAACUAAACACAAUGAAAAGCAGGCCACUGAACAAGUACGACCUCUUCUGAACCCUAAUCGACACAUUCCUCUUCGGAGACAAGAGGCCACUCUGUUCUCCAAGCAGUGGGAGAAACCAGGAUGCAAAGCAAAAUCAAAAAGCCAUGACAGCAUUGACUCAGGCUUCAGUGAGGGCAGUGAUCAGUGCACUACUCCUGCAAGCGUUAUAACGGACCAGCGUGUAGAAACCCCUGCAAGUUGUGGAACCUACCAUUCUGAAGAACAUACAGACACACAUGCGGCGUUAGAAGCCGGGCCACAGGGGCUCAGUGAAACUGAUAGACAGAAAGAUCAGAAAGCACUGGAGGAGCGGAUAUCCAAACUGAUUUCAGACAACACAUCUGUUGUGGAGGACAGGCUCCUGGAAAAUGUGAGGCCACGUAAAACGGUUCUAUCGAAGCAGGGUAGCAUUGACCUCCCAAUGCCGUACACGUUCAAAGACUCCUUUCACUUUGAUAUGAGGAACAACAAAGCCUUGAACAUGGGAUUACAAAAAAAUUCCGCAUUGUAUCGCUCGGCUCCAACCCAACACUCCACAACCGUGGAGCAUACCCCUUUAGUUCGAAGCCAUUCCCUACCAUUCAGUGUUACUCUCCUACAGCCGGAGAAGAGCAGCUCAAACCCUUCUUUUUUUACGAUGCUUGAACAGAGCGGAAGUAUCAGUCCAACCACUUCUGGAAUAAAGCCGAGCUAUCAGCACUCAUCUGCUCAUCACCCACUGGUUCGCCAAACUGCUAUAGACUGCAACCCUGCAACAGAAGCUUGUGUAAUGAACUCAUCUGUGGAUUCUGCUAGUCUCAGCUGGGACGGGGAUGACAGUGACAUUCACGCCGAGCCCAGAAAACCAAAAUUCCAGAGGAAGAAAUCACAGAAAUUUGCUUACAACAAGUGGUACACAUACAGGGGGGGAACAUUCAGGAAGCUCUAUAGUGCGGACAAAGUUCACGAUGUGGGUGCCGGUAAAAGCAGGAGAACAACCUCAUCAAAUCAAGAACAUGAGGUUGUUCAUGGCUUGCAAAGGAGGUCGUCAGUCAUUACCAAAGAAGCGGUUACGCCGGCGUCGAACUUUGCAACCGGCAGUACACAGAUUUGUUAUUCAGGUUCCUCUUUUGCAAAGAACAGCAAUUCGGAUAUAAGUCUACAAACUAUUCAGACAAAGCAAAUCAAUUCCUCAGACGGUGCUGUAAAAACGACACUUUGGAGAAAUCCUUCUUUUUCAUCGUUUCCUUUAUUCUCAACUGGAUUAUCGAAUACUCAUAAAACUGACAACCCCGACAGAGGAGAAGGACUUCAAGAAAAGCACACUUGUCCCACUUCACACAUCUGUGGAGAAUCUGGCAGGAAAAAGCUGAGAACUGAUGAGAAAGUAUUUUGGUCAAUGGGGAUGGAAACUGACCCACACAAAUCGACUAAAACCCUUCAUUUGACUCCUGAUGCCGUGCCUCUGCAAAAUACAGACCUGAGUUAUGUCGACCAAUCAGUUAUGUCGACCAAAACAGCUGUUUUUCCUACAUCCACGGUUCAUAAAACACCCAGUUCCUCCUCUCCCAAGAUCAGCUUUCUACCAAAGUAUCAACUUAAGUUACCUGAAUCAACUCUGGUACCGGUUGUUGAACCUUCAAUCACAGGAACUCUCCUGCCUGUGAUUAAAACCACCAUAGACACGCCAACCGUUGCUACCAAAGCCAAUCAAACACCCAGUGUUGCGGUUAAAGCCUUUUCACAAGGCAAUCCAGCGCUUUUGUCCUACACACAUGCUUCAGGGUCAUCCAGUCAGUUGAAUCUUGUAAACAGACUAAAUACCACAGUUUCAAGCACCCCGACGACACCGUGUCACAUUGUGCCACUUGACUCGAGACCGCCAACAGAAAGUCAGAAAGUGUUUCAUGUUCACACAGCGGACCUCCAGAUAUGUCUACAAAUAAUAUCUGAUGAACAGCUGGCUUUAAUUGAACCCCAGAUUGAGCAUCAGCUGGGAAAUACAUUUUCUCCAAGGCAGAACAUGGCUUCAGCGGUGAUCCAGAUGAACGCACAUAACUCUGUCCCCGGUUCCGACGAGGGACGUCAUCUGAUGGAGCCUAGUCAUCCAAAUGGGCUGGAUCAAAGUCUGCCUUUAGCAACGCCCCACUUGGAGAGCAGAAACGCUAUCCAAGUAGGACAUAGUGAUUCUACACAUUCAACUGAGUCACAACCACCACAAGGACGUUUACCACAUAAUCCCAGUCUUGUCAACAUAACCACAAAAGCUGUGAGCAGUGCAAAUAUGGUGUCAACAGCUCUUAUAGCCACAAAUGUAAAUCCAGAAGACAGCCGAACUCUGACCUUUCCUUCCUCAAGCAUAACAAGUCAAAGCUCCAUGAAAAAUGUAUCGUUACAAGAAAGCCAACAUGGACGUACAAUUGAAGGAAGCUGGAGUACUGCAAGUACGAUGGAAGCCGAGAGUGAACUUUGUGCACAAGCACCUGUGGAGCCCAUUCAUUCCACGGAUGCUUCCAUUGCCAUUGACGUAUGUCAAAUCCCUAAAGAGGCAGACAGACAAGUAUCCAUCUACACCAAUUCAGCAGAAUCUGCAUCUUCACAGACUCUAGUUUUGUUGAAAUGUGCACAUUCUAAAUGCGACGCGGUUGGACAAUUUGACAGUCCUUGCCAAACACAGGAACCAUCCCUGGACGGAAUAAGCACACAACCACAACUUACUACAGAGUCAUCUAAUGUCAAGGACGACAGUGCUGGAGCCAUUCCAGAUGUUCCUGCAAGUAUUCAGAGAACCAUUGCAGGGCAUCUGGGGGGAACCAACAUGGAGGCCUGCUCAUCCCAGACGAAAAAGCUGACAUGCGAGCGAGAGUGCUCUACAGGACCAAAGGGGACAGGCUGGAGAACGAAUCAAAGCUCAGAUGCAAACUACCAAUAUGUGAACAAGUCAGGAGGUGAAACCCGAGACGAUGAUAAUGGAGGAAGUAAGAGGACUGAAGUGGAAACGUUGCCUGCACACUGGAGCACAGCUACGUCUAAUUGGAGACCAACACAAUUACCAGAUAUAAUAACGGCAAGGGAACAAGAGGCAGACGUCAAGGUGGACUGUGGUCAGGCAAACCAACAUGGUGGCAUCUCAGAGGUCUCUGCACAUGACCGAGCUACAAACCUGGCUGACAACAUUGAUGUCCAUCUUUUGAACUUUCAACAGCAAACAACGGAAAUGAAGAACAAUUCUUUAUCGGAGCAACACAGCUUGCAACAAAUUCAUUCAAGUCAGUGCCAGUUUGCGGAGACAAGACCUUUUCUACAAAGUGAGCCUGGCGCCACUCUGACGCAGACAUCACAAGACCAAAGAAUGAUCCCAUCUGUUCAAAAACCCAGCACAGAUGAUAACGUGUCAUCCUGCUUUUACCACAAAUCCGAAUUGGAAAAUUCUGCACAAUCCCAAAAUUCCUCUUCUGUCGCCAAAACACAAUUGUCCACCUACCUGAGCCAAGUUUGUCCAUGUAGUGAUGUUUUCACAGGGGAUAACAUCACAAAAAAUGUAUGCCAAUGCAAGCCUUUACUGAGUACUGAUAAUAAGCCAUCUUCACCUGACAGCACGUAUAAGGGCAUGGACUCUCAUGGGAAAGACCACCCUGUCUUCUUAGUAGACCCAACGGCAGAAUGUUGGAUUGGAGGAGCGAGACCUGUCCAAAGUUGCCACGAGUACACAGAAGACACCAGCAGCAGUGACGAUGAAGGCAAGCUCAUCAUCGAGCUUUAAUUCACGCCACGCCAAUGUGAACGCCAACACUGGACAAACUGGAGAGGGUCUCCCUAAUGUCCAACACAUAGGCACAUUACAAAAGCUGUAUGUUGAUAUAUUAUUACAA